AUGGUCUAUGGUCUCAUAGCCCAUCUGUAUGAAUUCACAGAUGUCCCCUCAGCUGCAAUGACAGAGUCUACUACAGAAUACCCUUUUGUAUACAUUUUUUGUUCUUCCUUGCAAGACUGUGAAUGCUUCGGCCACUCCAACCGGUGCAGUUACAUCGAUCUGCUCAGCACAUUCAUUUGUGUGAGCUGUAAACACAACACUAGAGGGUACCACUGUCAGUUGUGCAGGCUGGGCUACUACAGAAAUGCUUCUGCAAAGCUGGACGAUGAAAAUGUAUGCAUAGAGUGUAAUUGUAACCGUUUGGGCUCAGUCCAUGAUCGCUGUAAUGAAAAAGGAAUUUGUGAGUGUAAGCAGGGAGCAACAGGGCCUAAGUGUGAUAAGUGUCUGCGGGGAUAUAACUGGCACAACCAGGGUUGUCAAUCAAACGUAUGCGACAAUGAACUUCAAAUUUGCCAGAAUGGAGGGACAUGCCACAACAAUAUACGUUGCCAGUGCCCGGAAGGCUACACUGGUGUACUGUGUGAGAAGCGGAGUUGUGAUGUGGAUCCAGAUGGCUGCAGCGAAAGUUCAGGGCAAGGGGCAAUAUCGAUACAAACCCUUCUACUUCUACUAUCACCAAUUGCUCCAUUGGGAUUAAGUGGGCUUUUUAUAUUUUAAGCUACGCCGCUCGGGAGACAUCGGCUUCAGACUGCUUUGCGAGAAAGGUGUCCAGAAAAUAAAGAAAGAAGGAGGGAAAAAAAACAGAUGCAAAUAAGAAUUUUCAAAAUAAGGGGGGAAAUUAUGACAAUUUUCACACAUAUAUAGACUAAAGAAAAAGGCCUGAACUGAACUAAGCCAUAUGUAGAACCCAACCCGACCAAGACUGUUACUUCUUGGCUGACGCUUAAGUGAGACAGCUGCCAAUACUAUUACAACUACUCAACACGACGGCUGCAGGCACUUACACAGGUUCAAAAAAAGGCUUGGAUAGCCACCCCCCCACCACCCCCCGGAUGGAAAUCCAAAACAGAAACGACAAAACAAAACAAAAACAACACAAAAAACUUGCUCUUUCAAACUGGUACGCCACCGUACCUCUUCCCAGUGUGUGGACCAACCAAAUAGAAGCAUUCUUUGCUGUCAGUGCAUUGUGGGUAUAAGGAAAUCUGUUUCAAAGCUGCCAUAUUGGCCUGCUUCAGCCCCUUCAAACCCCCUUUCCAACUGUGCUUUAGUGAACGUUGCUCUGUAACCUUCGUGGGUUGAACGAUCUCUUUGUCUGAUGUUAGUAACGCACAUGUGUACCAGCCCCCAGCUCAAUAAAAACUCAAGACGGUCAUAUCCUUGUAUAUCUUAGAAGCACUUUGCCCUGUCGGCAGAGUGCUUCCCCCUAUUGUACAGGAGUGGCAGUAGGACAAAACGAAAGUAUAUUUAUCCUUUUGUAAUCAAAUGAAGUUAUUUUUCUUGACUAAACGUAAAGCGUAGAUUUUUUUUGUAUUCUUGCCAAUUUGUGUUAACAAUUGAGUCAUUGUACUUUAAUCCUAAUCAGAUGAGGGGGGGGGAG